GCGAGAGACAGUCAAGAGACUGUCAGGAUCAGGAGACGGUCGUGAUCGCACGCUCUCUGUGGAUAAUUGCAAAUCGCGUCUCCUUGGACUGUGCACCUGCUACGGAACAUCCUCAACCCAAACCUGCUAUACGAAUAAAACAUGGAGCAAAGUAUUAUUCCUCGCUCCUUGUGGACUAAUGACAGCAAAUUUCUCCACCACCAUGUCACGGGCUUCUUCACCAGUGUACAAGUUACACAGGAUAUACCAGCUGGAACAUCAUUUGGACCUUGUGUUCUUCAUAAUACCUUUUAUGACACUAUAGCCUUCAUUGCAUUGAAGUCCUUUGACAAAUGGAAUAAAUCAUAUGUGUUUCGGGUAGAUCCUGAGGCGAUGAAAGGUUCUCCAUUAGUAGUUCCAUGGCUACGGUUAGUACAGGCUGCAAUGAGCGCAGAAGACCAGAAUACUGAGGCCUACUUGAAAGGAGGACAGCUGCACUUUCGGACUAUUCGAGAUGUGAAACAAGGGGAAGAACUGCUUGUUUGGUAUGACGAGGAGUUGUCACAUCUUUUGGGGUUCGAAGACAUAAAGACAAAAGCCCUGACAGAUGGCUACACAUGUACGAGAUGCGGCCAGGCCUUCAAGAAUGAAAAUCCUUUCCUUGCCCACUGCCGUUUUUUAUGUGCGCAGGAAAAAGUAGAUAUUAUCCGACCAACCAACGAACAGAAACCAGAAGUCAAGCGACAACGCAAAAUCAUAGAUUUUCACAACAUUGCAAGAGAUCUGGAGCACAAAGUGAGCGGUUCUCCUGAAGACUCGGGCAUACCUAGAAAAAGAAAACAAGAGGGUUCCCUAAGUCCCCGGAACAAAAAAACUGUUUUAUUAGAGAAAACCAACAUCACUAAUCACAGCAACAUCGCCAACGUCAACAAAGACUGUCCACCUUUCCAGGAUUUGUCAGAAUCAGACAAAUUAUCAACAAAUGAGUCAAAGAUAAGUAAAAGCAGCGCAUUUACCGAGGUUCAAAAACCACGAGAGCAGUCAUCACGGGAUGUAAUGGUGUCUGAAGUAGGCCUGCAAUCCGACUGCAGCGCCUUCUCGUUCGUUGUACCCAAGAGCGCGCACUCGGAACAGAAGAGCGCGUUUUGUGAACCCAACAAACGCACCAUCACCGAAGUUCUGAAUUCUUCACCACCAGAUUCGGAUAAUAUCUCAGACUCUUUCAAAUCAAAACCUUCACUAGGAUACAGAAAUGUAUUGGCUUCGCACCUGUUUCACACUGACUUGACAAGCGCUCAUGCAGGUGGAGUGAUGUCCGCUCCUCUGGCUACAGGAGGAUCCUUUUAUUACGCGCCCGAGCAUUGGACCAGAUCUAUAGGAGGACAGCGGCAGUCCACAUCUUCUUUCACACUUCUACCCCCCACUUUCACACCAUUGGGCGUUUCAGUGCAGAACUGGUGCGCCAAAUGUAACCUCUCAUUCCGAAUGACCUCCGAUUUGGUGUUUCACAUGCGGUCCCAUCAUAAGAAAGAGUUCGCCGCAGAGGCUCAGGUGAGGAGGAGAAGAGAGGAGAAACUCACCUGUCCCAUCUGUCACGAGUACUUUCGAGAGCGUCACCACCUCUCACGUCACAUGACAUCACAUAAUUAAGAAGAAAAACUCCAUCGCACUUUAACCAGGAAGCCUAUAUAAAAGUAAUUAAGAUGCAUUGACCAUAAAUUAUGCAUUUAUACUGUGAUGGUCCCUUGUAGCUACCCAGCUGACAAAAAUAUGUUCUAAGACGGUUUUGCUAACGGCCCCAUUGAGUAA